CCUUUCAAACCCACAGACCUGCUGCUCCAUAGCAAGAGGCCCAAUCUGGUGCUGGGCUACGACAGCUCCCACCCCAACAAACAGCUGUGGAAAUCAGAUGACUUUGGGGAGACAUGGGUGUUGAUCCAAGAGCAUGUGAAGGCCUACUUCUGGGGAGUGGAGCCCUACGACCCCCCCACCAUGGUGUUGGUCCAGAGACAUGAACCCCAGGCGUCUCCACUGUGCUCAGCUAGCACGACUUCUUCCAGAGCGAACAGAACCGGAGGGUGAUCCUGGAGCGGGUCGACAGCUUCCAGCUCCGCGACAAGUACAUGUUCGCCACCACCACCCGGAAACUGAUCGGCAGCCACGAAGCCUCGUCUGUCCAGCUCUGGGUGUCUUACAACCGCCAGCCGAUGAAAGCAGCCCAGUUUAUGACCCGGCAUCCGAUCACAGAGUACUAUAUCGCCGAUGCGUCAGAGGACCAGGUGUUUGUGUGUGUGAACCACGUGAACAACGUCACACACCUGUACAUCUCAGACACACAGGGCUUAUCUUUCUCUCUGUCGCUGGAGAAUGUGCUGUACUACAGUCCUGAGGGCUCGGGCAGCAACACGCUCAUCAGGUACUUUUCCAACGAGCCUUUUGCAGACCUGCACCGCGUGGAGGGGCUGCGUGGAGUCUUCAUCGCCACACUCAUCAACGGCUCCGUGAGCGAGGACAACAUGCGGUCUGUCAUCACUUUUGACAAGGGAGGAACGUGGGAGCUGCUUCAGCCGCCCGCUGCUGACAGCCUGGGAGGAACGCUGGACUGCCAGCUCAGUAAAGGCUGUUCCCUCCACUUGGCCCAGCGCUGGAGCCAGCUGCUGAACAUCCAGCUCAGGAGGAUGCCCAUCCUGUCCAAGGAGUCUGCACCAGGACUCAUCAUGGCUACAGGAUCUGUAGGCAGGAACUUGGCCAACAAGCCUAAUGUGUAUGUAUCCAGCAGCGCUGGAGCCCGAUGGAGGGAGGCACUGGCAGGCCCUCAUUUCUAUACAUGGGGCGACCAUGGUGGCAUCUUGAUGGCUAUUGCACAAGGAGGCUCUACCACACAUCUCAAGUUCAGCACCAAUGAAGGGGAGACGUGGACGGACUUCCAGUUCUCGGAGAGGGAUGUGUACGUCUACCAGCUGCUCACCGAGCCGGGCGAGAAGAGCACCGUCUUCACCAUCUUUGGCUCCUAUGCUGACCAGAGACACAGCUGGCUGAUCCUGCAAGUCAAUGCCUCCGAUGUGCUGGGUGUGCCCUGCUCGGAGGCCGACUACAAGCGCUGGUCUCCGUCAGACGAGCGCGGCAACGAGUGUCUGCUGGGCAGAGAGAUAGUGUUUAAGCGACGUACACCACACGCAAGAUGUUUCAAUGGAGAGGACUUUGACCGGCCUGUCACCAUCUCUAACUGCUCCUGCACACGCCAGGACUAUGAGUGUGACUACGGCUUCAAGCUGAGUGAAGACCUGUCUCUGCAAGUGUGUGUGCCUGACCCUGAGUUCUCAGGCAACCUCUACGCCCCUCCGGUGCCCUGUCCCGUUGGUACCACCUACCGCCGCAGCAAAGGCUAUAGGAAGGUAUCAGGAGACAGCUGUAGUGGAGGAGAUGUCGAGGCCAGAUUGGAUGGAGAGAUGCUCCCCUGUCCCGUUGGAGAGAGUAAUGAGUUCAUCCUGUACGCUGUGAGGAACUCCAUCCAUCGCUAUGACCUCGCCACCGGCACCGACCAGGCCCUGCCUCUGGCCGGCCUGAGGGAGGCCGUGGCCUUGGACUUUGACUACGACAGGAACUGCCUGUACUGGGCCGACAUAUCACUGGACACCAUACAGCGCCUGUGUCUGAACGGCAGUACUGGUCAGGAGGUCGUAGUCAGGAAAGAUCUGCAGAAUGUGGAGGCCUUGACCUUUGACCCAAUCAGCAGACUGCUUUACUGGGUGGAUGCAGGAGCACAGAAGAUUGAGGUUUCCAACCCAGAUGGGGAUUUACGCCACACUUUGCUCAACUCUUCUGUCCUGGAACACCCCCGAGCGCUGGUUCUGCUGCCUGGAGAGAGUCUGAUGUUCUGGACUGACUGGGGUGACCGAGCGGCUGGGGUUUACCGGAGCUAUAUGGAUGGAUCCAGUGUUUCCUGCAUUGUGUCGGAGGGUGUUCGCUGGCCCAAUGGGAUCACGGCCGACGAUCACUGGCUGUACUGGACCGAAGCGUACAGCGACCGCAUCGAGAGGGCCGACUUCACCGGGGGCCAGCGGAGCGUCCUCAUGGAGGGGCUACCCCACCCUUACGCCAUCGCCGUCUUCAAGAAUGACCUGUACUGGGAUGACUGGUCCAGAAUGGGGAUCUUCAAAGCUCCGAAAUCUGGCUCCCAAAACAACGAGCUGAUUGUUGGCAGACUGACUGGUGUCAUGGACCUCAAGAUCUUCUACAAGGGAAAGACUAGAGGCCAUAAUGCCUGCGCCGAUCAGCCCUGCAGUCUGCUGUGCCUGCCUCAGCCUGGCCACCGCCAUACCUGUGUCUGCCCAGAUGGUGCCCCGACUAUAACCAUGCCCAAUGGAGAGCUGCAGUGCCAGUGUCCCACCGGCUACCAGCUCCAAAACAAUACCUGCGUCAAGACUGAGCACAGCUGUUUGCCCAACCAGUACCGUUGCUCCAAUGGCCGCUGCAUCAGCAGCAUCUGGAAGUGUGACAGCGACAAUGACUGUGGGGACAUGAGCGACGAACAAGAGUGUCCCACCACAACCUGUGACCCGUCCAACCAGUUCCGCUGUGUGGCGUCAGGCUCCUGCAUCCCUCUGGCUUUCAAAUGUGACCACGAGGAGGACUGUGGCGACAACAGCGACGAGGAACACUGUGAGUCUCACCAGUGUGGCCCUGGGGAGUUUACAUGUGCCAGGGGUGUUUGCAUCCGGGAGGCGUGGCGCUGCGAUGGCGACAACGACUGCAGAGACUGGUCUGACGAAGCCAACUGUACAGUUGGCCACCAUACAUGUGAAGCCAAUAGUUUCCAGUGUCACACAGGCCACUGUAUACCCCAGCGCUGGAUGUGUGAUGGUGAUGACGACUGCCAGGAUGAUUCGGAUGAAGACCCAAGAUACUGCGAGGGCUCUCACUGUAACGGGUUCCUCUGCUCCAACGGUACCUGCCUUCCUGCCACUGCCCACUGCAACGGCAUCCAUGAGUGUCCUGGGGGCGCUGACGAGCAGAACUGCGACCCACUGUGUACUCGCUACAUGGAGUUUGUGUGCAAGAACCGCGCCCAGUGUCUGUUUCAGUACCUCGUCUGUGAUGGGACCAAACACUGUGAGGACGGAUCUGACGAGGACCCAGCGUACGCUGGAUGUGCCACGACGUCAGAGUUUAGUAAAGUGUGUGAUGCGUACACCUUCCAGUGUGCCAACGGAGUGUGUGUGAGUCUGGAGUGGAAGUGCGACGGCAUGGACGACUGUGGGGAUUACUCCGAUGAAGCCAACUGUGCCUCGCCCACCGAGGUCCCAGGCUGCUCCAGGUAUUUCCAGUACGAGUGUCGAAAUGGACGCUGCAUUCCUACAUGGUGGAAGUGUGACGGAGAGAAUGACUGCGGCGACUGGUCUGAUGAGGCCCAGUGUACAGGUGGAGUUACCCCUCACACUGUCGCCCCGGGACCUUCUACUUGUGCCCCCAACCGCUUCCACUGUGGCUCUGGAGCCUGCAUCAUCAACACCUGGGUGUGUGACGGUUACGCCGACUGUCCUGACGGCAGCGAUGAGCUGGGAUGUCCCACCGCCAAUGGCACUGUGACCCUGCCUCCGAUGCCCACCCACGCCCCGGCUCCUCCCCCCUCCCCUGGCCGCUGCGCUCGGGGUCAGUUCAUGUGUCGCCGACCCCCACGCUGCAUCCCUGACUGGCAGCGCUGCGACGGGCACCCCCACUGCCAAGACAACUCGGACGAAGCCAACUGCCCCACCCGUGGGCCGCUGUCCUGUGUGAACGGGACCCGCUGUGCUGACGGCGAAGCCUGUGUGCUUGACAGUGAGAGGUGUGAUGGCUUCCUGGACUGCUCUGACCACAGCGACGAGGACAACUGCACCCUUGAUACUCUGGCCUACAAGGUCCAGAACCUCCAGUGGACACCAGACGUCUCCGGCUCCAUCACCCUGACCUGGUCUCGGCCCAAGAACCUUCCCCUGGACUCCUGCUACUUCCUCAUCUACUACAGGCUUGUCGGCACCCAGCAGUGGACCAUCAUGGACACCCACAGCAACAAGAGCAGCUACAAACUGACGGUGCUGAAACCAGACACCACCUACCAGGUCAAGGUGCUCACUCAGUGUCUGAGCAAGCAGCACAAGACCAAUGAGAUGAUCACCGUCAGGACGCCCGAGGGACUGCCGGACCCUCCCAGGAACCUGCAGCUGUCUUGUGACAAUGCAGAGGACGGGACGGUGGAGGCUUCCUGGAGCCCGCCUGACAAAGCCCACGGCCUCGUCAGAGAAUACAUCGUGGAGUACAGUGAGAGCGGGGGUCUUGAGUGGACCUCCCAGAGAAGCACCACAACUGUCACUGAGGUGAAAGAGCUGCAGCCAGACACUCUGUACAGGUUCAGGGUGGCAGCAGUGACGAGUCGAGGUGUGGGGAACUGGUCUGAGGUGAAAUCCAUCACUCCUAAGAAAGCACUGCCGCCUCCCUCCGUGAUCGCCGACAGCAUCAACGACGACUCCAUGAGCCUUUCGUUCAGCUUCAACUCCCCGUACGAGGUGAAGCAGUACGUCGUGGUUCUGUCCUGGCUGUUUGACACCCACGUCAAGGAGAGCAAGAACUACACUGUGAGAGAGCGGAUACUAAAAGCGUCGAACCUGACGGCCGGAACAGUUUACGAGGUGGCAGUGUGGGCCCACACCAGCAUAGGAGACAGUCCCACCGCCCUGUCCCACCAGCAGACCACCGGCACCCAGCCCGAGCGGCCCGUCCUCAAAGCCCGUGCCCUCAAUCAGACCGCAGUGGACUGCAGCUGGACCAUCACCGGCCCCCCCGCUCAGGUGUACGGUGUGUUUUACGCCACCUCCUUCCUGGAUCUGUACCGCUUUCCCCGCAGCAUCAACACCAGCUCCCUCAGCCUGACGGUCACAGUGGACAGCGACGAGCAGUACCUCUUCCUGGUGCGCGCCAUCUCUCCCUAUCUGGGUCCCCCGUCUGACUACUCCGUGGUGAAGAUGAUUCCCAACGAGAGGCUGCCGCCCAGGAACCUGCACCGCGUCCGGGUGGAGAAGACCCAGGCCGUGCUGAAGUGGCAGCCGCCGUACGACGCCCCCAGCACCCCUCUGAUAUAUGUGAUCCACGUGCGGGAUGUGAUCCGCAAGUCGGAGAAAGACUACAAGCUGAGCACCGGCAACAACACAGUGGAGUACCUGUUGAAAGGCCUGGAGCCUGGAGGCCGAUACAGCGUCUCUGUCCGCCUGCGCAACAUGAGCAAGGAGGCCAGCUUCACACUCAACACAGCUCCCCUGCCGGCUCCGGAGGCCCUGAAGAUUUUGACAGAGAAAGACCACGUGUUUCUGUUCUGGAAGAGUCUGGCUGUGAGGGAGAAGGGCUUCAACGAGAGCAGGGGCUACGAGGUGCACAUGUACGACAGCGUGACCAACCACUCCUCCUACCUUGGCAACACCACAGAGACCUACUUCCGCAUCAGUAGCCUGCUGGCAGGUCAUAACUACACGUUCUCUGUGCAGGCCCGCUGCCUGCUGAACGGGCAGCUGUGUGGGGAGCCCGCCCUGCUGCUGUACGACCAGCUGGGAUCAGGGGCCAGUGAUGCAUCGCGCAGUAAGGGCCACUCAGGCGACAUGGCGGCGGUGGUGGUCCCCGUCCUCUUCCUGCUGCUGCUCGGGGUGUGCGGCGGCCUGGUGGUGCUCUACCUCCGGCACCGGCGCCUCCAGAACAACUUCACCGCCUUCGCCAACUCCCACUACAACUCCCGCCUGGGCUCGGCCAUCUUCUCCUCUGGAGACGAACUGGGCGACGAUGACGAAGACGCCCCCAUGAUCAGCGGCUUCUCAGACGAUGUCCCCAUGGUCAUUGCAUAGCAAGACCUCCCUCCAUUUCCUCUUUCUCUUUUACCUCCCCCCUCCCUUUCUCUUCUUCUACUCCCACUCACCCACGUCCCAUUACUCCCCAUUAAUCCCCAUUAAUGGCGCGGUACAGCGGAGGAAGAGAGACAAGAUGGCGACUUCACCGUCAUCCCAGAUCUGUCGAAGGGGAGCCAUCUGGUCGGCAGGAUUGAUUCGUUAAAAGAAAAAUGGGAAAAAAGGAAGCGAAAGAGAUAUUUUUCAAAUAUAAAAUGCACUUUUUUUGGAUGCGCAAUAACUUAUUUUUUAUAAUAUUAAAUAUAUAUAUAUAUAUACAUAUAUAUAUAUGGGGUCAAAAAGGACUGAGGAGAACAGGGGGAUACUGAAGCAAACUGUGAAGGAUUUGAGUUUGUUGAGUGCGCCAGGGAAAGAAAGACCCUAUUUGUAAUGCAAACUCACUAUCCAUAGGAGCGGUUCAUUGCUUAAAGCCAAAAUAAGCAUCCAGAGACUGAAAUAUAGAAUGCAAAAAAACCCACAGAAACUCACAAACAUACAUAUGCUUUAUACAGUAUGUACAUUAGGAAAUAUCGGACCAAUAAAUGUUAUAUUGGUGUAGUACAAUAUGUACCAUGCCAGUAUGUGUAAUAUUGGUGUACAGUGUAUGAGACACUCGGAAGAUUUAACUGCUGGUCACGUCGGUAUCAUCACUGUCGCUGUCAUCAUUUACUGAGUCUGAAUUAGCUGUUGCUUCUAUCGAUCAUCACUUUGUAAACUGUCGAUUACUAGUAAAUGCAUUGACAGAGUCUUGGACGCCAACCAAACAGUGAUUAGGGAUUGGCUUGAUCAGUGGCACCGUGCAGUGUCCUCAUAUAUCCACUUUGUUUUUUGACCACCAGCACAAGUCGUAGGUUUCUAUGUGUAGGCAACACACGCACCAUGAUAAGGGUUGCAAGUAUAUUCCUGGCGAUGGGGAAAUUAAAAAAAAAAAAAUCCCUCACAGAUAUUGCCGAGAUUAUCAGAACAUUUGGUAUGUAAAUAUUGGCUUUUAAUAUGUCCUCUCCUUGUAAUGCUGCACCAUAUUCUGUAAAAUGUGUAUUUUGGUUUUUAUCAUUCAGGACCACCAGUGACUAUUGUCCCCAGCAUUUUGCCAUAAUUCUAGAGGAAGUGUGUUUGGGGUUCUCAGGGAACUGUGUCGGACCAGACACCAGCGCAGUACCACCGUCAACAUGGCUAAGACAGCACUGUUGAAUAAAUACACACCCUCAGAAGAGGUACUUAAUCUGCUUUGGGUGGAAUGGCUCACAGACACAGAUUUUUUUUUUUCCAGUGGUGAUGAUAAAGAGUCAGGUUUGCGGGCUCGCCGUUCAGGAGUUCAGGACGGCGAGGCUCAUCCUUGAUCGGUACAUCAGGCAAACGUCCUUCCCAUGUUACUAAAAACGCAGUUGGCAGGAUGGAGAGAUGUUUUUCCCUCUCUCAGUGUGUACAGUAGCUUACUUUUUGCACGUCGGUUAAUGUGUCAGCAUCAAAAUCAUUUUUGGGAAGAAUCGUCUUUGUUCUGCUGCCCCCUCACCCGGUUAUGUAGUCCAGUAACUGAAAUUUGUGUUUUGCCUUUUUGCUUUAGGCAUUUGAAUUGAUGGUGUUCUGCUUUCUAUUGACCUGUUUUUGUUUUGUUUCUAAAGAUGUAUUCAUGAAUGUAUUUUAUAUCUGUAAUUUUAAGGCAUGGUUCAAGGUCAUUAUACUGUCACCCUCCCCUCCCCCCUUGAAGUUAAUGUACACUCAUUGAUUCCCCUUCCUACGGUAAAUUUGUAAAGCACCCCUUUCCACUAUAUGGGCAGUAUGUUACACACAGCCUUUUUUUAACACAGUGUGUAGACUGGCUUCAAAUCUCAGCUGUUACAACCUUCAAAGCCCCAUUUUCUAGCCCGGAGUAACAGAAGAAACUAUUACCAUUUUGUCAGGUGGCGCCCAAACAUCCAUUUCCAGCAUCAUAUCUCUUUCAUCAUCACGGCUCUUAUCUUGUUCUUCCCUAAUUCAUCAAAUAGACGUUUUAGGUUUCCUCAAGGCUCUGUUUGUGGCCAAACUUUUUCUCGCUUUUCACUCUCAACGUAAUUUCACGUGGCCCUUCAACCUGUUAGUGAGGUACUUUUCUGUGUUUCUUUGUAAAUCUUUCUUGUUCUGUUUUCUUGGCCUUAAAAAACAGACGGCUGUCAAGACGGCUGAUUUGAUGGCAGUGAUGCUGUUUUUGCUCUGUGGAGUUUCGAGUUAUUUUUUCGGAUCUUUUCUUUUGCCACAUAAUGCCUUAUUAGAACACAUUAGGUUUGUAUGUAAUGUACUGUAUGUAUGAUAGAACAUAAGUGCACACACGCAUGCAUACACACACAGUCACACACACUCUGCCCAUACACAAGGCUGAGAAAGGGAAAGAGAAAGCUACUGAGUGGAACAGUGGGUGUUUGGAAUGGUUGUUAAUUUGUCAAAUCACUACUCCUUUCUGCAUUGGCUGUUUUAACAGGCACAUACAGUAUCUAAGCCAGCCACUUAGUCUCCUUUUAGUCAAGUUUUACACUUGUACAACGUAUAAUUAUUGGUUAUUUUGUGACCGUUUUUUCCCCAGUUGUCCUAAUGUUGACUCUCUUUACUAUUUGUCAAAUAGUACGCUUCAAAAUAUUCUUUGGCACAGAGUAUGAUGAUGUUGGACACGGCCAUAUUUGAAGAUAUUGAAAUCUUGCUUGCUUAAAUCGGAGGUUGCAAGGAAUUACGAUGUUUGGAGAUACAGUGUGAGGUGUUUUAAGAAACCACUUAUACUGAAAUAAAUUUGCGGAAAAUGUCA